AGCGCCUCAGAAUCGACCUCAAUAUUGUUUAGCCGAUUUAACAUUGUUUUGUCGGAUUUCUUUUUUUAAUUUUGUCGUAUUUGUGUUUUAUUGGAUAUCUAUUCGAUAAUUUUUGUAAAAGAAGACAAUAGACAAGGGAUUUAAUAAUAAGAUUUGUAUAUAAUAGUAAAGAAUAAAACAUAAAUUAGAGUUUCGGACAUUGUGUGGAAUAAGGAUUCUGAAAAUUCUUUUUUUAAAUGGAGAAACUAAUGUAAUUAUGCUUGUGAAUUUUGGAAGCCAGCAGCUGUGAAGACAAUGGAGUCCAGCUGUUCCCGGUUUACCGCAGCUGAGGGCGGUGCUCGGCUAGCUGCGGCCGCUGCUGAGAAGAACAUCCUUGUGGUAGAGCAUACGGCAUUUAUUUCAACACGGCUGCUAUAUGAGGACGCCUACAAGAUACGAGGUAAACUAUCAGCAGGUCGGCAGAGGUCUGUGCACGUGACGCGCGCGUCCCGCGUGGACAUCCUCGCCUACGACUACCGCGCGCUGACCGAUCUGCAGCUGGUCGCCGCUCACAAGUAUGAGGAUGUGGUAGACUGGCGCCAGGAAGUGGAGGACGGCGAGGUAUUGGUGUGCACAUCAGAGGUACUGAAGCGGUUACUAGAGGAAAGGAUACUCAGUAUGCAGGAUUUAAAUAUCCUUAUUAUAGAUAGCUGCCAUGUAAUAUAUAAAGAUGACAAUCUUAAAUAUAUCUUAAAGCAAUACAAGAUGUGUGAACAGGACAGCCAACCUCGAAUAUUAGCGCUUACAUACCCACUGUUUAGUUCCAUGAAAGGUGAUUCGAAUCAUAAACAGAACAGUGAAAACGCUACAUCAUCUGCUGACUCUGGUGACACCACAGAGAAUGAUACUAAAACAGAUGAUAAAUCAGAAUUGAGCAUAGAUAACAAAGAUGCAAUGCCUGAUACAAAUAGCGAUGAUAAUUUAAAAACUAUUAAUGAUACAGAAAAUAAAAAUACAGAGGUCAUAGAUAAGUCUGAAAUAAAUACAAUAAAUGAUAAAGAGGCUGAUAAAAAAGUUAAUGAUUCUAAAAUUAAUGAAGCGGAUAAAUCAAAUGUAACUUCAGAAUCAGAUGAUGUUGAAGCAAAUACAGAUAAUAGAAAAGAAACAGAGACUAAAGCCAUAGACAACGAAGCUAGUACAGAUAAAAAAAAUCCAGAGGAGUCUGCAGAAAAAGUUGAGAAUGAAAUUGGUGUAUAUAAGAACUAUGAUGACUUUGCAAUGUAUGAACAAUUGGAGUGGAAAAUUGAGGAGUUGGAGAGAGAGCUGUGUUGCCAGAUGGAUUUGGCUGAAGACAUCGAUGGCGGGAAAAGAUUAUCAAUGUCCGUAACCAAGCUGAUGGAACUGAUCAUAGAGCACAGUCCUCGUCCACCUCUGGACCAAUUGCCCGAACCGUACGUAGAAUUGGAAAGGUUCAUGAGGGAGGCAGUGGACGAUGCUAUGGCAUUCCUGUAUGAACAUAGAUACGACCUGACUGAGAUAUAUGGGGAGGACAUGUAUGACGAGGUUAAGGAUAUUCCAGAUCCGAGGAUCGUUCCUAAGCAUUUAUUUAGGCAGUUUCUGUACAUACUGGACGAAUUAGGCCCGUAUUCAGCAGACAAAGCGGCUUUUUCACUACUCAUGAAACUAGAAACUCUUCGCAUAAAAACACCAUACGAACGCCACUUCCUAUUGCUACGCCUCUGUACCACGGUAUUCGUCAAAAUACGCUGUUACGCCGACUACAUAUUUUCGUCUUAUCCUUCCGAUUGGGACAAAAUAAAAUACUUUAGCACGCCUAAAGUGCUUCGACUCGUCGAGAUACUGGAAAAAUUUAAACCUGACACCCCUAAUGACGGUUUGAAUAAGAAUAGCAAAGUUGAUAGUACCGCUAAAAUGUUGAGCGACAUUGAUAAAUGUGAUUUUGUUACGUUGAGCAACAAGAUCGAGGACAGAGUCAAUACAAUCGAGUCUAAUUUGAAGGAAAUAGUGCUUGAUAGUGAAAGUGAUUGUAAAGUUGAUAGUAAGAACGAUAGUGCCAUAAAUAGCCUCGAUAGUGUCGAUAAUAGUUUGAAUAAUGUUGUUGAUAGUCACGGAAAUAGACUUGAUAGUGACAAAAGUAAACGUGAUAUUGUUAGUGAUGGAGGCAGUUUUGAUAGGGACGGAUGUAGACUCGAUAGUUGCGGAAAUACACUUAAUAGUGAUGGAAAUACACUUAACAUUAGUGGAAGUAGACCUGAUUGUUGCGGAAAUACGUUUAACGGUAGUGGAAAUACAGUUAAUAGUGGUGGAACAAAACUAGAUAGUGAGAAAGGUGAUCCGCUAUGGCCAUCCCGACGUACGGGACCGCGGUCUAGGGGCAGGGGGCGGCAGGCGAGGAGCAACGCCGGGAGAGUCCAGCAGCAGCAGCAGAAUCCUGACGCUCUAUGCGGCGUCAUGUUCAUGAACGAGCCACUGAUGGCGAAGAUCAUGUUCUACUUGAUUGUGGACAUGUCCCGCUGUAACCCGGCGCUGUCGUACCUGCACGCGCAGUACUGCGCUGCCGACAGCGAGUCCAGCGAGCCCCGCGACUGCCAGCGGCAGGGCAAGAAGCAGGAGGACGUGCUGAAGAAAUUUCGAAUGCAUGAAUGCAACCUACUCCUUGCCACGUCAGCGCUGGAGGAGGGCAUUGACCUGCCCAGGUGUAACUUGGUACUCCGCUGGGACAUGCCUUCGUCGUACCGGUCGCAUGCGGCAUGCCGCGGGAGGGCGCGGGCAGCUCGAGCGGCUGCGGCGGCUGUGUGUGCCAAGAACGAGGCCUCGAAGUUACUACGCUACGUCGCCGUCUACAGGGAGCUCGACCAGAUUAUAAGUCGCAAAUGUGGAUGCGGUAUACAAGAUGAACCGCCUCAAACAGAAGAAGACCACGCCGAUUCCCUCACAUUCCUCAUCAAACCGUACACACCGCAAGACAAACAAGAGAAGACAAGUAAAACUACAUUACAAAUAGAACAGAAGGAUGUAGAAAAAGAAAGAACUUUAAAUGAUAGACUACAAGUAUCUGAUGCUAACGUAGAAAAAAUAAUUUUAGAAAAAGAUACAAAUACACCAAAAUUGGCAACUGAUACUGCAUUACACAUAGAAGAGAAAGAGAGAACUUCGAAUGAUAGGCUUCAAAUUGUAUCUAAUAUUAACGUAGAGGCAGAUACAGUUUUAGAGAGAGAUGCAAACACACCAAACUUGGAUGUAAGACUUGAUGUCAAAAGUAUUAAUAAUGAUCAAGAAUCUCUUAAAGACAAUACAAAUAUUGAUAAAUCAAAUGUAUCACUUGUUAAUGGUAUUGAAAGUAAAGACAUUCCUAGAGAUAAUCAAGAUAAAGCAAAAGCAAUAUUGCCAAAUGAUGCUAAAAUAGACGAAUUAAUAGCAAAAAAUGGUAUAAUCGAGUGUAGAAGUAAAGCGGUUAAAAUAAACGAAACACUAAAUGGUUAUAUUGAUCAAGGAGUUACCAAUAUCAAUAAUGCAAAUAAUGUAACCAAUAAAUUUGAAAUAAAUCAUUCUGAUGUCAAACAUCAAUUUGAUAAUGCAAAUAGUGACAAUGAAUUAUGCAAUAUUUUAGAAAAUGUAAAUAAAAAUGAUUCUAAUACAUUAGUGACUGAUAAUAAUGAGCAAAUAGAAAUAGAUGUAGCAAAAGAAAACAUUUUAGGGGACAAUAUUGAUGAUAAUACUAAAGAAUACAAUCAAAGUGAUCUUAAAGUAGAUGUAGUAACUGAUAGUGGUUUAAAUAAUCUUAAUAGUUAUUCAAAAAGUGAUAUAAACGAUAGAAAUGAGUGUGUAUCCGAUGGUAGACAUUCUGUUGCUGUAAACAAAGGUGGUAGUGGAACUAAGUGUGAUGGUAGGAGAGAGAAAGCGACAGACAGUAAUGCAGCUAGCGUUGAUCUUAGUACAGCAAUACCUCUUAUUAAUAGAUACUGCGCGAAACUUCCGUCCGACACGUUCACAAGACUGGCGCCGCAGUGGUGGAUGGAAGAGGUCCAGCUUCCGGUCCAGGGUGGCAAGGAAACCAGGCCGGCUUAUAUAUGCACGCUGCGGUUGCCCUUGAACUGUCCCGUCAAAUACAAUAUUGUUGGCCACCCGAUGCCGACCAGGGUACUGGCGCGGCGCAUGGUGGCGCUGCAAGCGUGCAGGAUACUCCACAAGUCCGGGGAACUGGACAACCAGUUGAUGCCCAUUGGCAAAGAGAAUUUCAAAGCGACAGAACUGGAGUCCACAGUGGGGUGUCUGAACGGCGAUACUAACGACCCCAACGAUGCAGCCCGACCCGGCACUACGAAGCGGAGGCAGUACUAUUAUAAACGGACAGCGUGGGCAUUCACGGAUUGCCAGCCGGUGAUCGACACGAGCGAUUCGGAGAUCGACUCGUCUGCUGCAACUAACGCGGGACCUGACAACCAGCCUGCCGACACGAAGGGGAAUAAAUCGGGCAAAAGGAAUAUGCUAUACGCAAUAGUGUCGAAGCUGUGGUGCGCACUGCCCGAGAGGUACAACACACGUGGAAGACGGCUGCACGCUCCUCAGAAUGCUGCACAGGCGCUCGGCAUACUGAUGGCCAGGGAGCACCCUGACAGGCUGCAGAUCCCCCCGUUCCCGGUGUACACGCGGUCUGGCGAGGUGCGCGUGUGGGUGGAAUACGUGCCGGAUGCUGACGUCAGGCUGUCGCCGCGCCGCGCCAAGCUCGUCCGCAGAUUUAUGCGGUUCGUUUUUGCUGAGGUGUUACGCGUGCAACGCCGCGGUAUGCGGCUACAAGCGGACGGCGGGACCAGUAAUAAUUAUUACAUCGUGCCCACUAUCAAAUCGACAAAAGAAGACGGCUCCGUUCACAUAGACAUCGACUGGUCAUUCCUGGAGCUGAUCUACCAGCACACGGAGCAGAAGGAGCACGCGGAAAUAGAGAAGCCGCUGUUGUUCCCCGAGAAAGAGGGGGACGGCAAGAGCGGCGAGAAAGAGAGGGACGGCGAGAAAGUCAAGAAGAUGGACAAUCCACUGCUGAAACCCGGCGAGGUGUUCCACUUCGACCCCGAGAAGUACAAGGAAGCCGUGGUGACACCGUGGUACAGGAAUCAAGAUCAGCCGCAGUUCUUCCUGGUGGCAGAGAUCUGCUGGAACUUGAACCCCGACUCGGCGUUCCCGUCGGCGACGCACGCCAGCUUCCGCGACUACUACAGCAGCAAAUACGGCGUGACCUUGACCCAGAGCGACCAGCCGCUGCUCGACGUGGACCACACGAGCGCCAGGCUCAACCUUUUAACUCCUAGGUACGUGAACCGCAAGGGCGUGGCGCUGCCGGUGUCGUCGGAGCGUACGCGGCGUGCCAAGCGCGACCGCCUCGACCAGAAGCAGAUCCUCGUGCCGGAGCUCAGCCGCCGCCACCCCUUCGCCGCGCCGCUCUGGUUCGCCGCCGUCGCGCUGCCCUGCGUGCUAUACAGGAUCAACGCCCUCCUCAUAGCGGACGAGAUCAGACGCGCGGUGGCGAUAGACGUGGGGCUUGGCAUACCCAAGAUAGAUGACGACAAAUACCCGGGCUUCCAGUGGCCACCGUUGGACUUCGGAUGGAGUCUUGCUGAGGUACUAAAUGCAGAUUCAGAGAAGAGUGAAAAGAAGACAGAUGAAGAAGAUACAGCGCUGAAAGAAGAAACGAAAACAGAAGAAUCAAACGUAAAAGAAGAGAGGGAGAACAGUACAGAAGAUCACAGCACAGAGGAGCCUAAAGAGAAGACAGCUAACGACAUAUUACAAGAGAAGGAAGACGCCGAGAAUACAUUCGAGAUCGGCAUGUGGAGUAACGAGAUGGCGUCCAACAUCCAAACUACUGAGUACAACGAGUACCUGGAGCCUCUGCCUUCGAACCUGACGCUGUGCACCUCCGCAUCUGGUGGCGUGGACUGGACCGAGAGGACCAAGAGGCAGUUCAACCCCACCCGUCCCCUGUCUGUGGCAGACAGCGAUUGUUCCUACAUGUCCAGCGAAUUCGACACGGACGAGACGGAUUCUGACGUCAGCGAUGAAAAUGACGGAUCUUACCUCAGUCCAAUGAGCUACCGGAUAGAGUACAAAACGGCCCACGAGGCGGAAGCGUUCGACGUGGAACGUAAGAAGGUGAACCCCGCACCGCUCCCUGAUGCAGAGGACGACGCGGCCGACAGGGAGGCUCACGAUGCACUGGUGCGGGUCGGGAAUGCACCGAAGGAGUACAUAGAAAAGUUCCAUCGAGCAGUCGCUUCCCACGAAAAGGAGAUAGUGGACAGAGGGUACCUAAUAAAACACGACGAGCCAAUAAAAACUAUACUGCCAGAGAACAACACGCAAAAAGUCGCAACCGCCGACGAGAAGGACGCGUCGAAACUUCUAGAAAUGUUCCCUUACAGCAGCGACAAGAUUGAAUUCACCGAUGGACAGAUAAACGUCGAGAGCGUCGAAAAAAAUAAGAGAUUCCUAUUGGCCGAAUUGAAAAAGAGCUUGUCUACGGACGAGGUUAAAAAGUUGAAGUGUUUCUCUAUGGUCGACGUUGAUAUAGACUCGGAGGAUUACGUCAACGAGAAGGUGGUGAACGUAGGCUUCGAUACGAAGGAGAGUUACGUGGAGAGGAUCAGCAAAUGGGACAGUGUGAAGGAGUUCAAGCCUUAUUUCGAAGAGGGCAGGGCGCAAAGUGGGAAGCCGUUCGAUUUUGACUACCAGCCCGAGUUGGAAGGACAUCCGGGUCCAAGUCCUAGCGUUAUUCUGCAGGCAUUGACAAUGUCGAAUGCGAAUGACGGCAUCAACCUGGAACGUCUGGAGACCAUCGGAGACAGCUUCUUGAAGUUUGCCAUCACGGCAUACCUAUACUGUGCCCACCCCACAGUGCACGAGGGGAAGCUCAGCCAUAUGAGAAGUAAGCAGGUGUCGAAUUUGAACCUGUACCGGCUGGGUCGCUGCCGGCGGCUGGGUGCUCGCAUGAUCGCGAGCAAGUUCGAGCCGCACGACAACUGGCUGCCGCCCUGCCACCGCCCGCCGCCCACGCUGCAUCACCACCAUCACCAACAGGGCGAUUCACAGGAGCAAGCUGCCCCGGAGCAACCGUCCGACGCGUCCGGUUGCUUCAUACCGUACAACCUGAUCACUCAGCACAGUAUACCAGAUAAAUCUAUUGCGGACUGCGUGGAAGCGCUAAUAGGUGCUUACUUGCUGGAGUGCGGCCCCCGGGGGGCGCUGCUGUUCAUGUCGUGGCUGGGCAUCCGCGUGCUGCCCCGCCACGACAUACCGCUGCCGGAAGGCCAUCCCUACUGCACUCCUCGACCAGAGGGCGCCACCGCGCAGAAACCCCAACCGCGGCCUUCCCCCAAACAGUGCUACGACUCCUCAGAGUCCGACACGGAGUUCUCGUCAGACGAGGAGUGUGAGCAGCAGCAGGAACAGGAGCUGGUGCCGGAGGACUGGAGCUGGCCGGGACGACCGGUGGGCUCGCUCAGGCCUUACAAGGACGAGCAGGGCAGGUGGAUGCAGCCAAUAUUCGGCGAGCUGAAGGCGCCGCCGUCGCCUCUGCUGCGCUACAUUGAAGAUCCCGAGGGAGAACUGGAACAAAUGCUCUCCGGAUACGACGCCCUGGAGAGGACCCUCCAGUACCGCUUCAAGGACCGCUCGCUGCUGCUGCAAGCGCUGACCCACGCCUCCCACAACAGUAACAGGCUCACGGAUUGCUACCAGCGGCUCGAGUUCCUCGGCGACGCCAUAUUGGACUACCUGAUCACCCGGCACUUAUACGAGGACGCCCGCCGCCAUUCGCCGGGCGCGCUCACCGACCUGCGGUCAGCGCUUGUCAACAACACUAUAUUCGCCGCGCUCGCCGCCCGACACUCCUUCCACAAGUAUUUCCGUCACAUGUCGCCGGGACUGAACGAAGUGCUCACGAAAUAUGUCAAAAUACAAGAGGAGAAUGGUCAUUCUAUUAGUGAAGAGCAUUACCUGAUACAAGAGGACGAGAUGGAGCAGGCCGAGGACGUGGAGGUGCCCAAAGCGCUGGGUGACCUGUUCGAGUCCGUUGCGGGAGCAAUAUUUUUGGAUUCCGGCAUGUCGCUGGGCGCGGUGUGGAAGUCGUACGUGAACCUGAUGGGUGCGGAGUUGGAGGCCUUCAGCGCGGCCGCGCCCAAGUCUCCGGUCAGGGAGCUGCUCGAGGCUGAGCCGGAUACAGCCAAGUUUGGCAAACCGGAGCGCUUGGCGGACGGCCGCCGCGUCAGAGUCUGCGUGGAGGUAUUCGGGCGCGGCGUGUUCAAAGGCGUCGGUCGCAACUACCGCAUCGCGAAGGGUACAGCCGCGCGGUGUGCCCUGCGGCAUCUCCGAGCCUCCGCCACCGCUAGCAAUAGGCCGAGAUGCUAGUACUUUUUUUUAAUUGAUGAUAAUGGAAUGGUAACCCCGUCUGUGCUAUGUGAAUAUGCUGGCGGGGUACCAGUGGUGGAUGAAAGGGUAAAAUAAAGCAGGUCAGUUAGCCCCUCCACCAGAAUUAACCACGAUGGUUUUCAGGGGGAAUAACGUGGAGGUCGACUUGGUAGGAUGUAUUGAUAGCUAUGGGGACUAACCUCCCAAUUACUAAUAAUAACUCUAACCCCCCCCCCCCCCCCCCCUCAUUAGACCCCGUUACUAACAUUAUUUUUUGAUAAAAACAAAAAACAAGGUUUUAAUAGAAUUGAAGCUGGGUUUUUUUAGAAACACAAUUGUCAUUGAUUAGGGGCAAAAGAGAUUGUUAGUAAUGGAGACUGAGAAUCCCAUUGCUAGCAAUAUACCUAACCAGGUCGACCUCCUCGCGGUUCCCCCUGGAAACUAUCACGGUUAAUUCCUGAUGAAUUCAUCAUGUUGGGCUAACGGGCCUGUUUUCAUUCUCAUCUAUCACCCUUCACUGGUGCUCCGCCAGCGUAUCCCGUUAGCGCAGGCGGGGUUACCAUACCAUUUUCACCCAUCAAAAAAAAUUUGUCAUUGAUUUCCGUUCAAAUAGAUUUUCUUUUAUAUAUUUAUUAUUGUUCCAAUUAAUAUAUAAAUAUGGAAGUUUGUAUGUUUGUCUUUAUGUUUUACUCUAGGGCUGUCCAAACUAGAUAAGAUCUGGGGCUAAUAAUAAUAACUAAAUUCAUUUGGGCUAAAAUAUUAUAAUUAUUUUGUUAUUGUCAACUUUACCCGAGUCCUCAGGAAUGGCAACGCAUGGGGGGUAUCGUGGGCGAAACAGUAUACUCUGUUAUGUACAUGGUACUGCUCAUGUCUAUAGGCGACGGUUACCACUUUCCAUCAAGUGGGCCGUCAGCUUGUUUGCCAUUCUAAGUUGCAUAAAUUUUUUUUUAUUAAUAUAUCUUUUACAAUUCUGUCAAUAUAGACAUCAAUAUUGGUAGUAGCUUGAAAAGAUACGGCUGGCCGCAUCAGUUCAAGCCGCGGGCCAUGGUUUGGACAGCUCUGUUCUAUUCAAUGUCGCUUAAAAAGCUAAACAGGUUUGAAUUAAAAUUUGUUAAACAAAUAAGUCACGUUCUAAGUCAACACAUAGAUUAUUGUAUAUAUUGAUUCAUGCAAGCGAAACCGCGGGAGACAGCUAGUAGACUAAUAUACCAAUUGUUUGAACGUAUUGUAUGAUGUUAAACCUAAGAACAAGGAAUUACAUAGAAGGAAUGAUAAAAUAAAAACUGUAAAUCAUAUGGGUGUCUCCUUUCUUCUUAUGCAAAUAUAAUUAGUAAAAAGAGGACGAAAGAUACACCGUCAGUUGCUAUUUUUCUCAAUUCAUAGCAGGCUAGUGUAUAGAAAAUGUUUGAUAUGUCAAUUAUUUGUCAAUGACAAAUGUUACAUUACUAGAUUAUAUAUUCGACACAGUUUAUGUAGAAAGUAUGCGAGCGGGUUGUAUCUGAACUUGGUAGGGUUUUUUUUAAUGGGUAAUAAUGGUAUGGUAACCCCGUUUGUGCUAUCGGUAUACAAUGGCGGGGCACCAGUGAUAGAUGUCUGAUGAGGAUGAAAGCAGGUUAGUUAGCCCAUCCUGACGAAUUCAACUAAAUUUAGCCACGACGGUUUCCAGGGGGAACCACGUGGAGGUAGACCUGACAGGAUAUAUUGCUAGUAACGGGGCUAUUUGACCCCAUUACUAACAAUCCCUUUCCCCCCAAUUUGGUAGGGUUAUACGGCCGUAUAACAUUUUAUAUACACUGGCCUGCUAUGAAUUGUUAAUUUUAUCACUCCUAUGUAAUUCUUAUGCUUAUGUAAUGUAGCUCCAUUCCGGCCCCGGAGUCGAAGUAAUACCGAUAUCUAUAUAUUUCAGUUGCAAUAUAUAUAUACUGGUCUAAUAAUGAAUAUGUUUAAGAUCUGUUAUCCAAAAUGUAAUAUUGGAAAACAGACUUUUACAUAGUCGUAAAUAGAUAUCUGGCUGAUAUAGGCGAAGUCCAAAUGGGUGAUGCCCUUCCGCCAUCAAUGUACAGAGGAAACCCAAUAUAUAGUUAUCGGAUCGGUAUCCAUAUUGCCCAUGUUUACAGACUAUACUUAAACUAAACAACAGGCCAAUGGCCUCACUACAAGGGAAUAGCUCGUAAGUGAUACAGGAAUUAUCGAAAUAUUUACAGGGUACAGAGGAAUAACACCUCACACCUGAGUCCUCAGGAAUGGCAACGCAUGGGGGGUAUCAUGGGCGAAACAGUAUACUCUGGUAUGUCCACGGUACUGCUCAUGUCUAUAGGCAACGGUUACCACUUUCCAUCAGGUGGUCCGUCAGGUGUUUGCCAUUCUAAGUUGUAUAAAAAAAAAAAAUUAAUCUUUCCUAAAAAGAGGUGUUUCGCGACGCAAAACAUGCGACAGCUACCAUACUAUAAUGCGGGGAUUCCCAGAACGGUCGACAUCGGUCCUUUGGCGUCGACAUUGAUUUCUCGUAAUGUAAACGAUAGCCGUAAUCGAUUUCGACCUCAAGGGACCGAUGUCGACCGUUCUGGGAAUCCCCGCAUAAGUGUAUGGUAGCUGUCGCGUGUUUGAGAGGGGGUGAGGUUAAAUCGCAGCGGGCGGCGGGCGGCAGGGAGCGUCCCUGCUGUCCUUUAGCAGUGUCGCUUAUACUGUGCUAGUUGGAUGUUAGAUAUUCCGAUAUUACCUGUAUAUUUUAAUUUUUAAAUCAAUUCUAAUAAGUCGUGAUGUAUGCAAUUUUUAAUACAAUUAGAUAUACAUUUUAUAAUUAUAUUAAUGCCAUGUAUUUCGUAAAUAAAAUGUAAUAAUAUAUAAAA